AUGGUCGUUACCGACCAGCAAAUCUCCUUCUUCAGGGAGAAGGGAUACCUCAUUAUCCGUGACUUUUUGUCCCCAGAGGAAGCCGAGAACCUCCAGAACUGGGCGCAACAAGUCCACGACUGGAAGCCUACUACAGAAUCCGAAUUCAUGCCCUACGAGGAGGUAAAUGCGUCUGGCAAGCGUGUUCUCUGCCGCACCGAAAACUUUGUCGACUAUCACACGGGUUUGAACAGUCUGCUCCGUGGGGAAAAGCUGCUCGGCCUUUUGAACGAAUUGGCCGGCCAGCCAAUGCACCUCUUCAAGGAAAAGAUCAACUACAAGCUCGCUGGUAGCGGUGGCUUCGCGCCUCACAUUGACGCCGUGGCAUACACGCAAAUCAAGGACGUCAAGCACUUGACUAUUCUUCUCAGCGUCGACCCAUCCAACAUGACGAAUGGGGGCUUGGAAGUUGUCGACGGCAGCCACGAGAUGACCAUUCCCAUCAAUGGCAAGACGCACUGCAUCGAGGCUGACUGGGUUGAUUCGCAGGAGUGGGUUCCUGUCGAGCUGGAAGCAGGCCAACUUCUCAUUUUCCCGUCGUACCUGGCUCACCGUAGCGGGCCGAACAACAGCUCUGAUGACCGCAAGGCUAUUUACGCCACGUAUAACUUGGCGGCUGAGGGCGACAUGCACCGUGAGUAUUACGAGGACCGCAAGAAGGAGUGGCCAGCGACUCAUAUGCGAAAGGAGGGGGAGUCGUAUGCCAAGGGGGCUUUGACGUACGGGUUUGGGUCGCCCAUGUUGAGUGUAGAUGCCGGCAAGCAGGUUGCGUUUUGA